AUGUUCCAACUCUUUUCAAAUCGUGUCCGGCGCCCCAUUUCGCUUGUUGGAAUCGCCUUUGUCUUUAGCACUUUAGCCUUGUACAUAAUUGCGCCAUACACCGUCCAGCAACAAACUUCGGAGAUUCUCAAACAACCAUGGACCACCAGUCGCAUUUACAAGCCGCCGAACAACCAAACUACAACCAUCUCUCCAGCCGCGGAUAAAAAGUUGCACAUUCUUCUGCCCGCCACAAGAAGCAACAUCAAUUUCUGCAAGACGCUCCUUACCAUGAUCCUCCUAGGCUAUCCCAACCCGACGAUUAUCGCUUGGGCAGACCAAGACCGGGCCAGUGGACUUCUUGGAGGCGGCUCGCACUUUGCCAAAAUUACUCGGACUCUGGAUUACAUCAAUGACCCUAAGCGCCGCAGCCAGCCCGGCUUCGACGAAGAACUCGUCAUGAUGCUCGAUGCCUACGACAUUUGGUUCCAGCUCCCUGUUGAUGUGCUCUUAUCUCGGUACCACGCUAUUCUCGAGGAAGAGAACGCCCGUGUUGCUCACCGCAUGGGCCGAGCUUUUACCCAGGAGGGCAUCAACUCACGGGUCGUCUUCGGAGCAGGCAAACGCUGUGCGCCAAAUAUUCUUACCUCCGUGGCCUGCUAUCCCGUUCCAGAGUCACCCCUUCCAAACGACAUUUACGGCGGAAACACGGAUACUUUUGUUGGAACCAAUCAAUGGAGCAGCUACCGGACUCGAUACCUUAACUCAGGAUACAUCAUUGGACCAGUAGGAGAAGUGCGUCGCGUGCUGGAGCGAGCUUUGGAGAAACUGGAGGAAUGUCAGAACCGGAAAGGUGCUUCGUUUGAUGAUGGAACGGGAGCGUCGGAUGCGUGUUACCGUGGGAGUGACCAGAGCAUUUUCGUCGAGAUGUUUGGCGAGCAGGAGUAUUAUCGCGAAGUCAUGAGGCGGCAUCAUCGCACUCGUGUUGACGACAUGCUUGAUAAAGUCAUUCCAGGACGAGCUGGAUCAAAGCCGCCUCCUACGGAUAUCCAACAGGUGCCUGUGCUUGAUCGUUUGGAACCGGCUUUCACCCACCAGCAGUAUAACAAGACGCAUCUCCCUGGUAAACCCUAUGAAUUCGGUAUUGCGCUGGAUUACUGGUCUCUGCUGGGCCAUCAGACUUCCAACGCAGUUACUGACGCGCGGUAUAUUCGACAUGGUCUCCCGGUGAAACAGCAACUCGGCAAAGUAGGCAAAUUCGACUGUGUUCCCAAAACCGACAUGCUGUCUCUGCCAAACGACUUGCCCGGCGGCCAGCCUCUCCCAUGGAUGAGAGGAAGCGUGCCGGAUAUGUGGGAUACAAUGCCGCUCUACACAGAGAUAUGUAUCAACACAGUCCCUGUCAUGAUUCACCACAACUCGGUGGAAAAGUACCAGCGGGAGAGGCAAUGGAGUCAGACGUGGUGGUACAGAAGAGCGAAGCCGCUGUUUGAGGAGAGGCGCAAAGAGGGCAUCCCUCAGUUGGCAGAGGGCAUUCCGACAGAUCGGGGGACGAUGGAGCAGUGGGAGCGGAUUUGUCCCAAGUUCCUUGAGAAGGAGUUGUUUCGAAAUGAAAAGGGGAACUAG